AGUGCACAGUUACAAACACAAAAAAAUUUCAACUUAGGUUCAAUAGAGCAGAAGUUGUUAAACACAUGGGACAAAAUCUUACAGAAGGGACCGUACGAGUCAUAAAUACUCAUACUCCGCCCAAGUAAAACAGAAACAAGCAACACUUAGUGGGCCAGCUAGAGGCUUAGGGCCCGCGCAGGAAUUUCCCUGCGAAAAAAAAAGGUAGACGCCACUGGUUUUCAAUUUCGUUAAGAUUGGUCAGCUAGAACUAAUGAAAAUUCGGAAAAUGGUGACUGUGUGUAGUUUAGGCUGCAUAUGGUAGUGACUAGUCCUUCACCUUUUUGAAAGUUUCAACAAUGCCAGGAAUGCAGUAUUAAAGCUCUUUGCAAGCCUUCACUAAAAAUUUAUGGCAUCUUUGUUGAACACUGAAGAUUUUUCUGAGUAUGCUAUGCCAUAGCAUAUAGCAUAGCAUACCCAGGAAAACAGACAAAACAACAGCAUUGUUCUAGCUCUCUUUUAAUGGCCAGAAGUGUAUAAAAUUUGUAGUUUGGAGCGAGUAUAUUAUUGGGAUAAUCUACUCGCUACAGUCCACUAUCUCCAGGAGCAGAUAAAUGGAAUUGAAGCCCAAAUUAACAUGAAGUUUUGUAUAAUCAGAAUGCAUGAUUCUUCUCAGCAUUCCAAGCCAAUGUGAACAUCCAAUUCAGUGUGAAUAUGCUACACUGACUAAAUAUAUGCUAAAAGAUCUGCAUCUUUUCUCCCUUUCUCUCCUUAAUAGGUACACUGUAGCAAAAUUUGUGUUCAACAUAACAACUAUGAUACAAGAUGAUACCAGUGAUUACAAUGGUGAGGAUGCAUGUCUUAGGCGCAUAUAUUGGGGGAGUGGGUAGCACAAGAUACAGUGCGAGUUUGAAGCACUUGGUAGGAAAAUAUGAGGACGAAAUUAGGUACUUUUUGGUUUUACUUUUGAAAAAGGCAUAGGUUGGACAGCUUUUAAUUCCGUUAUGGAGUGAGUUCCAUAGACUACGUCCCUUUAUUUGCGUAAAUUUAGUUUGACUCUAGUUUGACUGAGUGUAUGUUUAGCAUGUUUAGUGAUUUAAACAGAGGGGCUGUGUGUUGUCUGAAAACAGAGUUUGUUAUUGUUCUGAUAGCAGAUUUUUGCUAGGUGAUGAUGGGCUUGAGGUAGUUUGCAGUUUUAUUUAUUUUAUUUAUUUAUAUAUACAAGAGUUCUUACAUUCUUGUUUAUUACAUUCUUGUGCAGUGGAUUAGCAUGUAGCACGUAGUAUAAUAAAAGGAGAGGAGAGUGAGGAACAUAAUAUAUGAUUUUAGAAAGUAUGCCAACUAUUUUUCAUACUAUAUUUGCUAAGUGUUAUAUGUGGUUAAUGAGGUUGAGUCUCUUUUCUAUGUAUAAACCAAGGAACUCUCCAUCAUUUGUAUUGCUAGAUUACAUAAGAUAGGUAUUUUUACAUUCUUGCAAAGCCACUAGCACGCAUUGCGUUUCGGGCAGGUCCUUAAUCUAAAAUAUCAGGUACGAUAUAUGGAGACAAGUGGUCAAAAUCACGCCACGUGGUCUAGGUAGAAGCCAGUGUUGAACUACGAGAUAUCACAUAGCCCACUGCACGCUUUUGUAUAUAUUUAUGCAUUAAAACAUAAAUAAAAUAAGAGUGCUAGUGAAUAACCUACUUAAUCCCCCCUCUCCCUCCUUUUACCCCACGUUGCUAAAUAUUAGCAUCUUCCGCAACACCAGCCGCAGAAAAAAAAAUCAAUUUCUAUUGGUCACUUAUACCAUUUGAAACAUUAAAUAAUCCUCAUUAUAUAAGGAUGUCGUUACUAAUUGUGUUUUAGCACCAAUUACCAAUUACUAACUUCUCACCAAUGUGAGAAGUUAGCAGUUUGUGCUGCACUUGCCUAAGGUAAACACAGAAGCGCGGGUAAAACUGCCCCAGAGUUGAGCACACGCCAGUGUUGACUGUGUGUGUGUGGGAGAGUUGUCAACAUUACCUAACAUGACUCGCGAUAAGACUACCCUUGAAGAGGACUGUGUUCCAGUGAGGAGAGGCAAAUCCAGGCAAAAGGGAAAUGAGGCUAAAAAAAUUUCCAGCAAAGCAGAAAUAAAGAAAACAUCAAAGAAGCAUGAAAAAGUAGCUGAGGCAAAUAAACAGAAGGUUAAGAAGGAUGACAUGAGAGAGAUGGAUGUGGAAGAGAAGAAGGUGAAGAGACGAAGGGUAAAUAAAAAGCGAUCUCUUACUAAAGAAGACGAUAUAAGUGAGGAGCCAGAAGUAAAGAAGAAAAAGAAAAACUCAAACAAAAUUAAUGUAAAUGGUAAGUCUACACAGGAUAAAACUGGGAUCCAUGAAAGCAAAGGAAAACACAAACUCAAGGUGGAUGUAAACAUUGGAAUGACAAAUGACGAAGCAAAACCUACAACAGACGAUGAAGGGAAAUCACAAACACUUCACGAAGUCUCCAAAAAGAAGAAGAAGGCAGAGGAUGAACCAGUUCCACGUCCCGUUAAGUACGAACGUUUGGGAGACGGCCCUACUCCUGUACCGUCAACAGGGCGCAAAUACAUAGGUUGCCAUGUUUCUGGUGCUGGAGGGGUAUGGAAUGCCUUUGAAAAUGCAGAACUGUGCAAGGCAGAGUCUUUUGCUCUCUUUCUACGCAACCAGCGCCAGUGGAAUGCAAAACCCCUGGAUGAAGGAACCAUCGACAAGUGGUGUGAUGUGAGCCAGGACUAUCCUCCUCAUCUGAUACUUCCACACGGAUCCUACCUCAUGAAUCUCGGCUCACCCGUACCUGAAACCUUAGAAAAGAGUAGGAAUAUGUUGCUGGAAGAGCUUCAGAGAUGUGAAAAACUACAGAUUCCUCAUUACAACUUUCAUCCAGGGUCAACUUUGGGGAAGAUAAGCAGGGAGGAAUGCUGCAAGACCAUUGCUGAGAGUAUCAAUCUUGCCCAUAGUCAGACCAAGGCAGUUAUAUGUGUCUUGGAGAACAUGAGCUGUCAGGGAUUUACUAUUGGGGGUGAUCUUCACGAGCUGCGUGUCAUCAUUGAACAUGUCAAAGACAAGUCACGAGUUGGAGUUUGCAUAGAUACAUGUCAUGCACAUGCUGCAGGUUAUGACCUCUCAACGGAAGCUGGGUUUCAGGAGUUAUUGGAUGACUUCGGCAAAAUCAUUGGGUGGCAAUUUCUCCGAGGGCUACAUAUAAAUGACUCUAAAGGCAAAGUGGGGGAUCAUCAAGAUCGCCACGAAAAUAUUGGUCGAGGAACCAUCGGCCUAGAAGGAUUUCGGCGUGUUAUGAACUGUGAGAAAUUCAAUGAUAUUCCUCUAAUACUUGAAACCCCGUGGACGAGCAAUGACGGCUACGCCAAGGAAAUUAAGAAACUGAAUAGUUUGGUAAAUAAUUGAAAAUCAAAAUAAUUGAAAUUAAUUGAAAAUAUUACCUGAAUAAGGCCUGAAAAAAAAGCUCCAUCACGAUGAUUGUGAAUAAAUCAUCAUGAAUCUUGCUAGAUAUUACAAGUGUGAAUACUCAUCAGUUUGUUGUACAGUAAUAUGAAGUACUUUUAAAUCAGAAUUGAAGGGUAUUAUGCUGUACAUGACUUAUUAUGCUUUACUCAUUGAGAGUUUAUAAGGCCAUCUUUAUUCUUAUUCUUCCUGCAUUUAUUGUUUCUCUUGGAAAAUUUAGUGAUAACUAAUUCAAGUCUAUGAUGGCCUAACCUAAAUGUGAAAUUCCUCUGCAUAUGUAUCCUGUGAAUUUAAAAUAUUUGUUAACACUAAAUAUCUGUGGGUCAUUGUAAGGUGACCCCUUUGUGAGGUGACCCCUUUGUGAGGUGACCCCUUGUGAGGUGAUCCCAUGUGAGGUGACCCCCCUUGUGAGGUGACCCCCCUUGUGAGGUGACCCCUUGUGAGGUGACCCCCCUUGUGAGGUGACCCCCCUUGUGAGGUGACCCCUUGUGAGGUGACCCCUUGUGAGGUGAUCCCAUGUGAGGUGACCCCUUGUGAGGUGACCCCUUGUGAGGUGACCCCUUGUGAGGUGACCCCCCUUGUGAGGUGACCCCCCUUGCGAGGUGACCCCCCUUGUGAGGUGACCCCCCUUGUGAGGUGACCCCUUGUGAGGUGACCCCUUGUGAGGUGACCCCCCUUGUGAGGUGACCCCCCUUGUGAGGUGACCCCCCUUGUGAGGUGACCCCCCUUGUGAGGUGACCCCCCUUGUGAGGUGACCCUUUGUGAGGUGACCCUUUGUGAGGUGAUCCCACGUGAGGUGACCCCUUGUGAGGUGACCCCUUGUGAGGUGACCCCUUGUGAGGUGACCCCUUGUGAGGUGACCCCUUGUGAGGUGACCCCACGUGAGGUGAUCCCACGUGAGGUGACCCCUUGUGAGGUGACCCCUUGUGAGGUGACCCCUUGUGAGGUGACCCCUUGUGAGGUGACCCCUUGUGAGGUGAUCCCACGUGAGGUGAUCCCACGUGAGGUGACCCCUUGUGAGGUGACCCCUUGUGAGGUGACCCCUUGUGAGGUGACCCCUCGUGAGGUGACCCCUCAUGAGGUGACCCCUCGUGAGGUGACCCCUCGUGAGGUGACCCCUCGUGAGGUGACCCCUCGUGAGGUGACCCCUCGUGAGGUGACCCCUCGUGAGGUGACCCCUCGUGAGGUCAUCCCUCGUGAGGUGACCCCUCGUGAGGUCAUCCCUCGUGAGGUGACCCCUCGUGAGGUGACCCCUCGUGAGGUGACCCCUUGUGAGGUGACCCCUCGUGAGGUCAUCCCUUGUGAGGUGACCCCCUGUGAGGUCAUCCCUUGUGAGGUGACCCCUCGUGAGGUCACCCCUCGUGAGGUCAAUCCUUGUGAGGUGACCCCUUGUGAGGUGACCCCUUGUGAGGUGACCCCUUGUGAGGUGACCCCUCGUGAGGUCACCCCUCGUGAGGUCACCCCUUGUGAGGUGACCCCUUGUGAGGUGACCCCUCGUGAGGUCACCCCUCGUGAGGUCACCCCUUGUGAGGUCACCCCUUGUGAGGUCACCCCUCGUGAGGUGACCCCUCGUGAGGUGACCCCUCGUGAGGUGACCCCUCGUGAGGUGACCCCUCGUGAGGUUACCCCUUGUGAGGUGACCCCUCGUGAGGUGACCCCUUGUGAGGUGACCCCUUGUGAGGUGACCCCAUCCUGGAAGAGCUGUCAGAAGGGGAAAAAAGGCACCAAAGAAAUUUUUAUUUUAUUUUUAAAUUAAUACUUUGAACAAUCUGUUUAGUUUAUUUUAUUUUUGUUCAUAAUCAUUCAAUUAGCUUUGUUGUUUUAGAAUGACACAUGUAAUUAUCUGAACAUUCUUUUAUGAAAAUAAAGUUUGUAAGAAAGGA